AUGUCACAUUACGGAAGUCGUCUCGAAUCCCAUUUGAUGGCGUCCAGUGCAAGCUUUCUACAGAUAUAUGAAUCCCUUCCAGCAGAUGCACAGCACGCUCUUGUCGAGAACUCACUCGCACCUCUCCUCGAUGCAGUUUCCAAAGAAAAAUCAAACCACAUUCUUGCAUCAGCAGCACGCAUGCACAAAACAUAUGCCAGCAUGCCAUCCUUGAAUCUCAAAUCGAAAAAGUUGGAGAUCGCUUCACUCCUCGACGAACUCGUUCGCGACCACAAACGUUCUUUCGUGAAAGAAAAGUCUCGUAAAGAAGAACUCCUCGCAGAAGUCAUCGAGAGCGUCAUCGACUGGCUCAACGAUAUCUGGAGACUCGUAUACGAAUACGGUACAGAAUUUUCAAAGGCACAUGAUUAUCUUUUGUAUGCGUCUAAAGCGGUCGAACAGAUCGGUAACGUGCGAGUCGGGUGCAAGUGUUCUUUCAUGAACAUGUACAUCUCUGUAAAGAUCAGGCGUUCCUCUGGCAAGGUCGUCAAGUCUUUUCAUUUCACUGGCGCACACAACCUCCAUCGUGUCAUGCUUUGGAUUUGGCGCGACCUUUUCGUAGUUAUGCUUGCCGAUGGCACUAAGCGUCAGAAGUCUGCCAUUCCAGAUAUGCUAGACGACAUUCGCUCCGAAUUCGGCUGGAACGCCCUCGAACGAUUACUCUACGGUGGUCAAAAACCUGAUGACGACUUUGAUGACGAUGAUGAUUUCGAUUGCGACGAUGACUACAGCGAAGACUAUCCUGACACUGACGGAAACUCCGAUGACACCACCAGCGAUGCUCAAUGUGCUUGUGGUUCACACGCAUCACAUUGGUCUAGCAAAUUCAACGCCGUUCGCACCUCCCUCCGCAAUCUCGUCCGCACGUCUCUCAUUUCUCUCUUUGCUACCACACCAAGUCCAAUUCUCUUUGCAUGUAUCGGCGGCAUAUCCGAAGCGGAUGGACUAGACGAGGAUGACCUUUGCGAAGAGCUCCUCCCCACAGUUAUGCGUAUCGCUACCUACAGCUCCGAGAAUUUCGCCACAGCACUGCAUAUAUGCGCAUUGCAUUCACAUACAGAUAAUAUCAAUACCCUACUGGCCAGCCACUCUCACCUCCUGCGUCCCCGCGACGCGCCCGCACACCAGCUUGCAACUAUAAUACUUGCUACACAACCAUCUUACCAGAUCAAUGCACUGCGCAUCGUCGAAAAAGAGCUUAUCGACACUGUGCACGCCAUCCAGGCCGCCGUACAGAGCGCAUUUUGUUAUAUCGAUGUUCAGGCCAAUAAGGAGGAGCUGACUAAGAUUAUGGCAUUACAUUUGGAGGCACUGGGGCGACGAGGGCGGAUUGAACGCUGGGUGGGUGCUGUAGUGUCGCCUACAAGUGACACUGCCCAUCCGAUGGCACUGGCGGCGCUCAUGAUGGGGCUUCCUCUUCCCCCUGGGAUGGAAGGGGCCAUGGACGAUGCCGACCCGCUCGGGUACAUGGACAUGGACAUCCAGGAUCCGGAUCUGGAUGACUUGCGGGAAGAUUUCCGUCCAAACCUAAAGGCGCGCCUCGAGGGUUGGAUAGAAGCAGGUCGAACAAUCAAGGGAGGGAUGUCGGUGUUACUGAUGGUGUAUGCUAUGAUCAUCGAGAUUAUGCCGUUCUUGGGUGCACCAGAUAUAGUGGAUGAGAUGACAGGACGGCUCUCUGAGAAACCAAGUAAAGCCUUCCUCUGCGAAGCCCUUGAUGCGUUGUGGGAUUUCUGCAGGCAGCAGAAGCGCAAGUUUGCAAGGCCAAAAAGCAAGCAAAAGCCGUCAUGCGCUCCUAAUACCUCCCCAGCACUAAGCCAAUCAAGUAAUUCUGGGGGCGUAACGUUCGUUGCGAUAAAUAGCCCGCAGUCUUGUCCGGGGGGAGUGGUGGAUGAUGUCGAUUGA